UGCAAACACGUGACCAAAAUGGGGUGGCCUUUUGGAGACGAUAGAGCAGCAAUGAGGAUACUGAAUGAGAUUCAACGUGUUAUGCGGUUGAUUAUGCUUUUAAGAAGGCAAAGAGGAUGUAAGGGGUUGAAGUCUGGAGAGGGAGGACUGAUGGUCGUGCUCUGGAACAGCAAAGAAUCGUACAGAGUCGACCAUUGCAGGCCUUUGCUUGAUGUUUCUGGUGCUCCGAUGGGAACUGAUCUGGUGUUCGGGUCCAUAGCAGCUGCUGGUCCGUGGUGCGAAGGGUUUGCUACGGGUAAUCUCAAACCUGGCUUCACAGAUCUCAUCCAGAAGCUGUUUCCUUCUGAAGACCAAGGUCCAGAGCCGGACCAAGAAGAGCUCUGUGGCUUCACUCACAUGCACGGCCCCAUCCAUCUCCUUAUCUCCUUUCAGGUGAAAGUGGCGAAACAGUUUGAUCGGCAGGAGUGGCCUUUUCACAUAGAGGCAUUCCUACACAAGCUCAGCCUGACCAAUGCACGGGUGAAAAUACACUUUAGCUGUAAGUCGUAUCAAAAGAGGCUCCAGAGAAUUUUCAGUGGGAAGAUACAGUGCAAAUUAACACUGAAAGAUCAGUGGUCAACAUUCUUGGAUGUCACCUCCUCCAAGCCUGGGGUGAGCGUGGGGGAGAGGCCUUGGUGUCACGGAGGACAUCCUGUUCCCGGGGAGCGAGUGUCUCUCAGCAUCCCGCCUGCAGCCAUGGAGAGAGGCCUCUACGGGGAGCUCAGUCUCCAGCCGGUGGCCCUGUUAGCCCCCUGUGUGCUACAAUACCCCAACCUGGCAACCCGCCUCACACACAUACAAGUGGAGGUGUACGGUCCCAGUAACGUGCCCGUAGCCAGCCCCACAGACUUCCUCCAGCAGCUGUCGGUGCAUCUGAACUGUGAGGAGCUGGGCAUCGAUGGCAUCCUCCGCUGGAAUGACCCCACUGACCUCCAGCCGAGAGGGGGGGCCACCCUGCCAGUGGAGGCUGAGACCGGGCCAGAGGGAGGACGUAGCCUGGCCUCAGUGGAGCAGAGCCUCACACUGCUCCUCUUCCUGCACCACAUGGACCCGUUUACCUCCGAGCUCUAUGAUGUUAUAGCUACAGAAGAGCUGUUGGAGCACCACCUGGAGGCGAUACUGACCAACAAUAGGCAGGCAGUGACGGCCGCGCUGCAGAGGGAGAUCAAGAGCAUUCUGAACGCUCACAGACGGAGAAGCAAGGCCAGUGAAAGGAUCUGCUCAGCCUUUGAGGUGAUUUCCAGCUCUGCUCUCAGCAUCGUGAGCAGCAGCAGUAACCUGGAUUUCAGGGCUGCCUGCCUCAGUAACAUGAGGGUGCGUGACACCCAUGGGCUCUCACAGGCCCUCCGGGAGGCACAGGUGAGGGUGACCUCAUGGAAGUUUGUUCCGAAGGCCAGGUGUUACCCGGUACCGCAGGAAGACACGCCGACGAGGACAGAAAUGUGAUCCACUGACACCUGGUGGUGGUUUGGUUAAUAAAUAUCAACAGUUUGGUGUUUCUUCAGAUAUAUUGAAAAGAUACGUUUUACAUUGUAUAUGUUGAGUAGUUAAGUGUUAGUUGUUCUUGUUGUGUAAGUGUUUCUCGUACAAAGAGCACUGAAUGCAAACAGGUCUUGUUAUGCACUAUAUGUAGUCAGUUGAAAGAGUAAAGAGAUGCCGACACUA